AUGACUGUGGGCCUGGACGAGGACGGACAGCUCUCAGCCCCGGACCCCCCCUCGCUGUACGCCUUGGCCCCCUGCUGCUACGACCCCCCCUCGGCGACCCCCGACCCCGACCCCGACCCCUACGCCCCCGGGCCCUGGACCCCCUGCGGCCUCCCGCUCCCCCAGCACCGGCGGCCGGACCCCUGCCCCGCCACCCCUGGCCCCCGGGGGCCGCAACGCGCCGUCUACCCGCUGGUGGGCGCCGCGGGGUGGGGCGGCUGGGCGGAACCGGCCUCCCAGGGGCCCCGGGCCCAACAACCCCUCCCGCCCCAGGGCGCCCAGGCCAAGGUGAGGGGCGCGCCGGGUUCCAGCCGUGACGAGAGGAGGGCCCGGGCCUUGCGCCUCCCCCUGGCUGCCGAGGAGAUCGUCAGGCUGCCCGUGGAGGACUUCAACGAGCUGGCCACCCGCUACCGGCUGACGGAGCAGCAGCUGGCCCUGGCCAGGGACAUCCGCCGGCGCGGCAAGAACAAGGUGGCGGCCCAGAGCUGCCGCAGGAGGAAGCUGGAGGCCAUCGCGCGGCUGGAGGCCGAGCUGAGGGGGCUGCGGGCCGAGCGGAGCCGGCUGGCCGCCCAGAGGAGCCAGGUCCGGGGGGAGCUGGACCAGGCCCGGGCGCGACUGGGCCAGCUCAGGGACAGCCUCCUCUCCUCGCUGAGGGACCCCCGAGGCCGGCCCUACCCCAGGGGCGCCUUCGAGCUGAGGCAGGCAGAUGACGGCGAGGUCUACCUGGUUCCCCGGGCGCCAGGGGCAGCUGGGGAGUGAGGGGGUGGGCCCUACCUCUCUCCUCCCCUCCUGACCCGUCCCUUACAUGCCCACCCACCCAGGAACAGUUAUUUAUUUAAUUCUUUUGUGCGUCAGUUCAUUCAUUGAAUACUUCACUCAUUCAAUCGUACAUCCAUUUAGUCCAUCGUUCAUUCAUUCAUUCACUCAUUCAUUCACUCAUUUAAUUCUUCAUCCAUUUAUUCAUUCAUUCAUUCACUGAUUUAAUUCUUCAUUCAUUUAUUCUUUCAUUCACUCAUUCAUUCACU